AUGGCCUCGGCUGCUGCUGCUGUUGCUCCUGCUCCUCAGCCUCAUAUCCCCAACAUCCUCGAUGCAUCUGGUCCACCCCCUGGUCACUCCGUCACAGUUGGGAAUCUCCAGACCUUUAUCCUACCUGAGAAGGUCUCCAACAACGAGGCCAACCGCAAGCUCGGCAAAGCCCUUGUCAAAGCCUGGCAGAAAGAUGGCAUAUUGCAGAUAAGCAUGACACCCGAGCAGCACGCACUUUACAAAAGUGCCAAUUAUGCUAGUAGACGCUUCUUCAGCAAGCCUUAUGCUCAGAAGGCUGCUUGCGUUGACAGUCAGACUUACUCUGGCUAUAUCGCUAGUGGUGAGGAGCUCACUGACGGUAUUGCUGACUACAGCGAGAUAUUUACUGUAACCAAAGACCUUGAACUUGAUGAGCCGAGGGUUGUUGCAAAGUGGCCAUGCCAUGGUCGUUGUCCCUGGCCUGACUAUGAGAUGCAGAACCCCAUGCAGCGUUACAUGCAGAAUCUGGGGGGCGUUGGAGAAACGCUCUUGCAGCUCACUGAACUGGGGCUUGACGUGCCUGAGGGAUCACUUACCAAUUACACUGAAGAUGGGUGGCAUCACCUAAGAAUUCUUCGCUUUCCUGCCAUUAAUAAGACAAAUGGCAAGGGUAAGGAAGGAAGAGGGAUUGGAUCUCACACUGACUACGGACUGCUCGUUAUCGCAGCAGCUGACGAUGUUGGAGCUUUGAUGAUUCGUCCUCCAUACAGCGAUGAAAAACUCGCUAAUUGGGAAUCGAGCGCUGCCGGCUUCAGAGAAGAUGAUGAGAGAUGGGUCUUCGUUCCCCCUGCAGAGAAUGUCUUCACCUACAUCACCAACUCAGUCCUUCCCUCAACCCCCCACAAAGUCGGGCUUAAUCUCAAAGAGAGGUUUGCUUUUGCUUACUUCCAUGAGCCAAGUUUUCAAGCAGUUGUCAAACCUGUCCCGGGCUAUGAUGUUGGCCAGGAGCCCGAGGAUGGAAUCCACUAUGGCAAGCAUUUCACUAACAUGUUCAUGAGAAACUACCCUCAGCGCAUUACUACGCAGAGAUUGAAUGAUGAGGGUCGCUACAGGCUCCUGGAGCAGGAGAGCCUUCAAACCAUGGCCCCUUGA